UUAAACUGUCUAUGGACAUUUUCAGUUUCCAAUUAUUUAAGUUUUUUUUUUAUGAAUGUCAAUAAAAUUAUACUUGUUGGGUAAAAAAUCUUGAAAAAUUAAUACAAUUCUCCUAAUAUAUUGUUACACUGAUAUUUAAAAAAUAUUAAAAAUCCAUGCUCACAAUAUUUUUUUAUACGCAUUUAAAGUUCAAAUCUUGACAAAAUACGAAAAAAUACGGAAAUGUGCAAAUUAUUUUAAGUUAGAAAUUCAAGAAAAAUUUUCUUUGACUUGAAAAUGUAAUAGAAGAUUCCUCAUAAGUUUGUCUACCUUAAUAAAAAAAAAAAAAAAAUGGCACAAGUUACAAAUAGUAAAUUACGCGAUCGAAACAAAAUGCUAUCUUCGUUGUUGUGGGACAGCAGCAGCAGCAACAAGCUGCUGGUGGAUGGAACAUGAACAGCGGACAACAUUCAAUGACUUUAUCAAGUGUGCAAACCUAACUUCGGUCACCAACAGAUUUUACUUCGAAAAAGUGGUAAUAACAUGUACCUAAAUCAUAUGCUGGAUAAACCACAGGCUCUCUUAAGUCAAAACCAAAUUAAAAUACAACAAAUGCGACAAGUUACCUCCUCACCUAUUAAUGGCUACAGUUCUCUAUUGAGUAAUAUAGCUGAAUCAAAUAGUAACUCCUUACCAUUUAAUUCGGAUCCAGAAUUGUCAGAUCUUUUAGAAGAAGUCAUGGACAUCAUGAAUGUCACUUCAGAGUUCAGCUUUGGAACUACUACACAAACUCAAACCAUUACACAAAUGUGCAAAAAAUUGUACAACAAAUCCCAUCAAGAGUCUCCAUCAUUACAUUCACAAUAUCAAAAUUCUAUCAACCUCUGUGGUAGUCAACAACAGCAAACACAAAAUAUUAAUAUUAGCCAAACCCAACAACCUGGGAUGUGGACUCAACCGAGAUUGACAUCACUACAUCCUAUGCUUAACGCUCUACUGCAGUUUUAGAUCACGGGUGGUUUCAAUAAAAGUUUUGUGAUACAAAAUUGUCUUAAUCAACCGCAACAAAAUGUGACAAUUAACGAUUAUAGAAUGUUUGUAUUCAAAAUAGACUAUAAGCUAUUUAUUUAUUAUUCUGUUGGUGUGUUACAAAGAUACUAAUAUUUAAAUUAAAUUACAGAAUAAUAUUUUGAGUUGUACAUUUGAUAGUUAAUAGUUCAAAUAGAAAAAAAUAUGAUGUAACAUUGAAAAUAAAACAAGUUCUUUUUGCCACUAGAUUUAUCAUUUUUUAUUUUUUAGAAUCCAAUCAAUGACUCUUCAAUGUUAGUUCAAAUUCCCCUCUAAUGUAACAGACCAAAAAUCAUCUUCUCUUCUGCAAAUAUUGCUUUCGAAAUAAAUACUUCUUUUUUACUUUAUGUAAAAGUGGGAAACAUUUUGGGAUAAAUUGUUUUAGUUAUUAUUUUCAUAUUAUGUAUUUAAUUUUGUAUUUACUUAUUUAAUUUAAUAGCAAAAAUACAAUUUGACAUUUUAAGAAUUUAACUAUGUACAAACCUACUUACUUUACUUAAAUAGAUUAAAUAUAAAUAUAAAUACAUUUGUAGAACUAGGCUUUGAAGUUACAUGUUCUUUUAUUUAUUAAUUAGGAUAAAUUAUUAAUCAUUGUUUUGUUUUACUUUCCAGUGUAAUAUUGUAUAUUAGUUUUUUAUUGAAGUUUUGAUAAAAAUUUUACCUUGCUUAUUAUUAUUAUUAUUUUUUUUUAUAAUCGAUGGAAAUCAGUAUUUAAGAACAAUUAUUUUCAGUGGAGUCCAGUCAUAGUUGGCAUUUGUUCAUGUAUUGUGUUCAAUGUUCAUUUGUGUGCUCUUGUUAUUUGUGUUAAUCAAAUAACAUUCAUCAUAGUUGUACAAUUUGCCUAUUACAAGAACAAAAUAUAGACAGACUCAUAACAAACGUAUAGGAUUACUGCAUUAUUUAUCGUAUUAGUUGUAUGACUUAAGUAAUUAUUGUUAAUUUUAGUUUAUAUUACCAUAUUACAUUGUAUUAUUUAAUUACACAAUUUUUUACAUUAUAUAAACAAAGAGAAGAAAAUAUAUAUUUACUUAUAUUAUUAAUAAUAAUAAUAAUAAUAAUAGUUAUGUGAGAAAUGUAUAUUACAAAUCGUAAUUAUUUAAUUUAUAUGAACUAUUUAAUGUAUUUAUAUUUCAAAUUGUGAACUCAUGG